CCGUGUCGCUGUCGGCAAACAACACUGAAAACCAACCACGAAUCUGAACCGAACCGAACGAACGACACGCGAGACGCGAGCCGUGCAUUUUUCUUUUUAACGAUGCCUCGAAUAAAAUUUAGUUUAAUUUAAUUAAUCGGCGUGAAUAUUCGGCGAGCCUAACGGCGUCCAGGGUGGAUAACGGAGGAUUGAACAUGUUUAAUAAAUAAAUAUGUGAUAAUUGUACAUAGGGGAUAACGUGAAAGUGAUGUGAUUUCGAAUAGCAGCGUCCAGUGCGCGUAUAGUUUUGUAUUUUAGGUUAUAAAACCCCCAACGCUAGCCGACGGCGUUAUUUCGUCGGGAUCUUUUAUUCUCACACGAUUGUGAUAAACCAAGCUGUCGUUUUGUGCUCCUACUCGUGUCUACUUUUCUCUUUUCUUUUUUAUUUUACGUUUUUCUCGAUCAUCGACGUUUCUAACCAACUAUGAAUUAUACCGAUGAUAAUAAUACGCAGGGCUCUCUCCCACAAUUUUCCGAAAUCACGUCCCGGUCGAAUGUCGUAUCUAAUUCAACUUAUUCAAAUUCUCCUACUGCUGUUGCUGCCGAUGCUGAUCCUGGAAACUUGCAACGAACCCAGGCUUCCGUUUACACUAAUCCUUCUGCGGCACUCCAUUCAGGAAAACAGCAGUUACUUACUGCACAGAUUAAUCAGCCAGGAAAAUAUCCUGGAACAAUACUCGCAUGGCCAGAUCAUAAUACCCUGAUGCAACUCUGUGAGAAGCAGGGUAUGCAGGCGUUAAACAUUCCAAAUUAUACACAGAAUACUGCCACCAUUCUCAGCGUUCAGCCCAACAGUCUGCCGGUACGGAUAAUACCCAAUAUGUAUUUUCCUACCACGUCGGAAGCCGAGUCAGUCUCUUUAAAGCACGAAGAUGGUACGGAGGUGGAGAAUCCAAGCAUGGAGUCGCAGAUACAGCUGCAGCAACAGAGUUUGGCAAUGGCUGAGUACCUUCAAAAACUACAAGCGACGACGUUGCCGCUGACCUUGCAGCAGUUAAUAAAAUUACAGUCGGAACAAACGCAAAUCAAGAAAGAACAAUCAGAAGUACAAAAGAGUAUGGAACAGUCGCAAAAUAUAUUAAACAUUCCUAACGUUCCUGUUUUACGCAAUGGCCAAUUACAAAGCAACGGUAAUCCGUAUGUUGGCUCUGAGAAUAUGACUAUGAUAACAAUAAAUCCUCAGGACUUGAACGUCCACAUGGAGGGACAUGAUAAUGAUAACAGUAUGCAACCAAUAAAGGUUGAACAACAGAUACAAACCGAAUCGCCUAAGACUGAAAAGAAAAUGAAAUUCAGGGCUAAAACUGGUGAGAUUAAAGUCACCAUUGCCCUCGAUGGAUCCACUCUAUUUUGCUGUCCUGAGUGCAGCUUGGCUUUUCCUGAUAAAAGUGAUAUUGAACAACAUAUCCAAAAUCACAUACAGGAACGUAAAUACCAGUGCAAAGAAUGCGGAGCGAUGCUGAAACGGAAGGAACAUCUGGAUCAGCACAUGAGAGGUCACUCGGAUGAAAGACCGUUCAAAUGUCCGGUCUGUAUGAAAGCCUUUAAACGAAACGAACAUCGUACUAGGCACUACGUCAUUCAUUCGGGUGAUAAAAACUUUACGUGUAACGUGUGUCAUAAAGCAUUUUCAAGGAAGGAUCACUUGAAUAAACAUACACAAACUCAUUUGGGAGCUAAGCGAACUAAAUCGAAGAAGGAAUCGGGGUUCGUUGACUCCAAGGAAACGCUUGAAAAAAUAGCAAAUAUUACCCCCAAACAGGAAGGAAACUUUGUGCAAAAAGACAAUUCUAAUUUUAUAAAACAAGAUAACCAUUUUGUUCAACAUAUACAAAACCUGCAGAAAGAUCCAAACUUGAUACAAACGUUUUCCGCAUUUAAAGAACAGGCGUUAAAAGAGGGAGCUUUAAUACAGCAACUGGCUGUGAAUAUGAACGAAAUCUUGCCACAGAAUACGAGAUAUUUAAUGCCAUCAUAGUUUUAGGUAAUAUAAAAGAUGAAACAGCAGUAGUUUCUUUUUAGGAGCUAGGAAAUAAAAAAAAAAAAUGAAAAGAGGUGAUUAAUUGUAAUAUUGAAUUUCAAACAGCAAUAAUUUGCUAGCAAUAAUGUUAUUGCUCAGGUCGGCUAAUCCCGGGAUAAUCUUUGACUGAGGUGCGCGAGCAUAACUUGUUUUUAUUGGAUCUGGUUUGCGUCAUGAGCAGGUAAAUACUGUACUAUUAUAUUAUACAAACCUUGAGUUUGUAAUGAAUGCAAAUUUGAUCAAACCUGAUCCGACAGUGCAUAGUUUUAUUCUUCGAUAGAUCGCGUGCUUCCGUCACGUUAUUCCGACUUGACGGCUAACUCGCGAAUCAAGUGAGGUAAUCUUAAUAAUAUAUCAUAGCUGUUAAUAUCGACGGUUGAUGUGAAGAAUUGGAGUAACUAUGGACUGGCCAAUGUCCAUAGAUCACAAGACAGUGACCUAUAGUUGUUAGACUAGCUUUAAACAAGAUAAUUUGAAAGGAUCUAGUCUACAAUCACAAUAAUAAUUGAGUAAUGAUAAUUUUUAAUCGAUGAUUGAGCCAGUAAAGUUUUGAUCUGCUUUUAUUUAUAGGCAUUUUCGGGAUUUUUUUUAUUUUUUUUUUUUGUCCGAGGGAUCAGCUGAUAAUCGGUAACUCACUUAACUAUGUAAUUAAUAAUAUAUUUUAUUAUUUUUAAUAUUGUCAUAAAGUUAACAAAAAUUCGUAGUACCUUAUUGCAUACGUUGACGAGUGUUUUAUCGUUAUUUAAAUUCACCACGUCAGUGUCUGAUUAACUCAAUAGAUUGUACAAACAUGGUUAUGCCGUAGCUGGUCUUUUUUUUUUUUUUUUUUUGUUUUCUCCCACCCAUAAUGUAAUCGGACGAUGUUCCCACCAGUGAAUAAUUAUACAAAUAAUCAUAAUAACGAUAGUUAAUUUAUCUAAAUCUAGCGGUUUUCCUUGCGUCUUGAUAAUUUUAUGACGAUAUAACGUAUAAUGUACAUCUCAUAAUACUGCAUAAUGAUAGAGCCAAAGAUCUUACAUAUUGAUGUCAGUAUUUGACUGUAAUUUUUAUUGACUGUGAAUCGAUCGAUUCAAUUUUAAAAACUUUUUCGAGAUUGACUAGACUAUAUAAUUUUUUAAACCAUCAUUUAGACAGUGAUGAUGUAUUUUACGAUGUAGGUAUAAUACAUUUUACUCAACAAAACUCUUGUUAUAUGUAUAAUAUUGAUA